AUGGCACCUCUUGUACUUCUGACCGGCGCUACCGGCUACGUCGGCUCGCACGUCCUGCUGGACGCCCUGCGCAACGGCUACAAUGUCCGCAUCACUGCGCGCUCCGCCGAGAAGGCGCAAAAAGUGCUCUCCAACCCCGUCGUGCAGUCGCUAAACCCCGGCUCGCGACUCACCUCCGUCGUCGUCCCCGACAUCACAGUCGAGGGCGCCUUCGACGAGGCCCUCCAGGACAUCACCUCCGUGAUCCACGUCGGGUCACCGCUGCCCAUGCCGGGCGCGGAUCCCCUGACAGACGUCUACCAGCCCACAGUCAAGGGCAUUUCCAAUCUCUUGACCUCCGCGCUGCGCUUCCCCAGCAUCACCCGCAUCGUCAUCACCUCCUCCAUCGUCGCCAACCUGUCGCCCAUGCCCGACCCCAACGUCACCGUCACGGCGGCCUCGCGCGUGCCCCUCCCCGCACCAGAGACUCUAAACAACGUCUUCGAAGCCUACAUCUUCGGCAAGAUCAACGAGAUCAACAACACCGACGCCUUUGUGGCUAACCAAAAACCCCAUUUCUCGGUCGCGCACGUCAUCCCGGGCUACAUCUUCGGGCGCAACGACCUCUACCCCGGCGACAACGCCGCCUUCCUCACCAACAGCUCCAACGGCAUCCUCAUCGCCAGCGUCACGGGCAACGAGGUCCCGAACCCCGUCCACAAGGGCUUCGUGCACAUCAAGGACCUCGCAACCCUGCAUCUCCAGGUCCUGGAGUACGCGCCGACCGAGGGCUCCCCGCGGGCGUUUGGUGCCUGUAACCCCGCCGACUAUGCCCUGGCGUAUGACUACGUCGCGAAGGCCUACCCCAAAGCUACGGCUGAGGGGGUGUUCUCGCGGGGCUCGAUCCCCACGCUGCCGGCGCCGUAUGAUUCCAGCGAGACGGAGCGGGUGCUAGGCUUUCAGUUCCGGUCGUUCGAGACGGCGGUGGUAGAUGCGGCGGGGCAGUUUUUGGAGAAUCUUGGGAAGGAGAAGGCGUGA